CUUUAUUCAAAGGUAGCAAACGGCCAAGAGGAGCAGAUCUUCCCCUAGAGGCACAACUCACCGGAGAGACCUGCUUCUGCCUGCCCGGGGAGCACGCCUGGCCUGCCCAUGGCUAGCAACAACACUGCUAGCAUAGCGCAAGCCCGCAAGCUGGUGGAGCAGCUGAAGAUGGAGGCCAACAUCGACAGGAUAAAGGUGUCAAAAGCGGCAGCAGACCUGAUGGCGUACUGCGAAGCCCACGCCAAGGAGGACCCCCUAUUGACCCCCGUCCCGGCCUCAGAAAACCCCUUUAGAGAGAAGAAGUUCUUUUGCGUGAUCCUGUAA